AUCAUUGCAAUAAAGGAAAAGAAAUCUCAAUAUAGAGCUGGGUCAAUUCCAAAUACAGCAUGGACAAGCAGGGAUUUAUUGCCAAUGAGCAACAUGGAGCUUAACUUGUUGGAAAAUUACUAAAAGGGGUGGGGAGGUUUCUGGUUAAACAGACCUAGCAGGAUUCUUGCUGAACACAGACCAGAGUGCUCAGAUAGCAAGGGUAGGAGCCCAGGGAUUGAUCAGUUAUGCAGGGUGAUCGGGUAUGAGGGAUCUCUCUACCUGAAUUAGCAAGAUCAUUGGUACAACUGGGUGAUGCAGGUACCACACGAUUGAAGCCAAAUUGGAAAGACUAGUUGGAAAGAAAGCUUAGAUGAACCUGACUAAAAUUUAGUCAAGGAGAGUCCUCCUCAAUGUCAACACUGUCCUUGUCACGUGUGGCCCUGUGGCUUGUCAAUGUCAAUACUGCCCUUGUCACGUGUGUGUGUGUUAGUACUGCCUUGAUUCACCAGACAGGGGCUCCCAGGGCCUCAGAGCAGAGUCACCAUCUUUGGGGUAGAACAGCAGCCACGGAGAAAGCCGACCGUGGUCAGUUAGUUAACUGGCUUUUUCUUAGGCUGGGGUGAGGAAAGGAAUCUUGAUUUACUUUUCAGUAUUCCUCAGACAGAUGUGACCAGACCCUCACAAGGGUCUUCAGUGAUAAAGAAGCUCUUCAGUGAUAAAAAACAUGACUUAAAACACUUACAUUUUGUCACUUGAUAUAUGUGUCCUCUGCAAGUAUACGGUAAGACUCUUAAGGCCAAGAGCAGUGUCUUCUAUUUAUGUAUUGCCAUAAAAUCUCGCAUCUCUCUCUCUCUUUUGAGACAGAGUCUCACUUUGUCGCCCUCGGUAGAGUGCCGUGGCCUCUUAGCUCACAACAACCUCAGACUCUUGGGCUCCAGUGAUCCUUUUGCCUCAGCCUCCAAGUAACUGAGACUACAGGGGCCCAAGACAAAGUCCGGCUCGUUUUGGGGGUCGGGGUCUCGCUUCGGCUCAGGCUGGUAGCGAACUCCGGAGCCCAGGCAAUCCACCAGCCUCAGCCUCCCUGAGUGCCAGGAUUACAGGAGUGAGCCAUCGCGUCCGGCCAACAGUUGUCUUACUACAAGUCUGGAUGCGGACAACGGCUCACAGCAAGCAUCCAAAUAAACCUCCUGCGUAAACUGGCCAAACGCACAGAACAGCAAAAGCACCCAGAAUACAGACCCGGACUGAGGGCGCGCCCCCUCAAGUCUCGCGAGAUCGCAGCACAGGCGCUUUCCCUCUGCGUCUCGCGAGAUCACAGGGCUCCCCCUUCGGGUCUCCGGAAUCGAGGCCGCGGCGUCUCCUGGGGCGGCAGCAAUGGCGGCUGUGCUGUCCGAGCGGCUUUUCUCCUUGGAGCUGCUUGUUGACUGGGUGCGUCUGGAAGCUCGGCAGCUGCCGGCGUCUGCAGUUGCGGGGGAGCAGGGACAGGAGGAUUCCUCGCUACUGCGCGCCCUGUGCCCCGCCGUGGCCUUCCGCCUGCUAGACUUCCCCACGCUGCUGGUUUACCCGCCGGGCGGCCCCGCCGCGCCCGCCCCGGAGCCCUGGCCCGGCUUGAUCCGCUUCGGUCGCGGCAAGUCCUGUCUCUUCCGCCUGCAGCCUGCCAUCCUGCACCGCCUGCUCCGUAGGACGCCGCUUCACACCUUGCUACUGCAGCUGCCCCCCGGGCGCCCGACCCCCGCCCCGCUGCUCCUGGGUUCGUGUAACAUCUCGCUGGCCGCCGCGGUCCAGAAGGUCGUGGGGCCGGCAGCCUCCAGCUGCUCCCAGGGCCACCGGGGAAGUUUCCCCCUGCAUAACCGAGCGGGGGAGCGGAUUGGGCACAUCAUGCUGGCCUACCGCCUGACUGACCUGGGAAGCGGCUUGCUGGGCCAUCUUGAGCGUCCGGUCACCUUCACCUCCACGGCAGGUGGAGUGGAGCAUGAAGAGGUCCCGGAGGCAGUGGAGGUCAGUUUCCAAACCCCGCAGGAGCAACAGCAGCCAGCUUCAGAGACAAGCCCAAGAGACACUGACAGGUCUCCAGGCAAGUUAGAAAUCCCAAAAGCACAGAAAGAUUCCAAGGAGAUCAUUUUCCAUAGUAAGGCCAACUCUGAUAACGCGUGCUCUUUGGAGAAUGACAAAACCUACUCUGUUGUUACUUGUCCAAAUGCUAAGGGUGGGAGGUGUUUUAGUCCCGCAGAUGAGGAAGUUACAGAGUUGGAAGUUGAAACCAACACAUUUUGCCCUCCUCCUCUAUAUUACACUCACUUGACCCAGGAAAAAACACCUCCUGCACAAGUUAAAAUCACUAUUGCGCCUCAAGUGAAGGUACCCGAGGAGUUGGAUGGUGCUUUUCCAGAAAAAAAGCAUAUAAAUUCCCCAACACACAGGAGGUCUCUAAAACAUACAAAUUUUGCAACAGAUGAGAGUCCUCCAGUGCUUGUAAAUCCUCCACUUAUUCAGGAUAUAGGAGCAGUUAAUCAAACUACAUGUCCUACUCAAACUGAACAAAAUAGAAUUAAUACAAUAAAGCAGCUGCCUUUACUAAAUGCUUUGUUGGUUGAAUUGUCCUUGUUAUAUGACCAACCUGUGGCAAGUCCUACUCAUAUACAUCCUCAUUUAGCCUGGUUAUACAGAGCUGAGGAUAAGAAGGGAUCAGAAUCUUUUGCCAAGUCCACAUGUGGGACUAAAUCUAAAGAGAAUAAGCUUUCAACGGAGGAACAUGAAAAGUCAGUCAGUCCACAGCAUAAAAAGCAACAAGUUGAAAACCCUGAGAAAGGUAAACAUUUUGAAAAGAGCAGUGGUACCCCUCAAAAAAGAGCUCCAAGGGGUAGGCUACUUUAUGGCUUAACAAAUACGCUAAGACUUCGUUUAAAACAAACAAAUCCUGAUAUGUUGGUAGUACAUGAAAAGAGAGAACAGUACAGGAAAAUGCAAGCACAAAUAUUGGGCACAAAACUGAGAAUUCCAUCGUCCAAAAUCAAAAUAUUAGGUUUUACAGAACAAAGUCAGAAGCCACAUCAACUACCUAAGCAUAAGUCUUUAGAGUCAGAUGUAUCUUUUGCUGAAAAUAGUGAUAGCUCACGGCAAUUUAGUGGAUUUUUUGAUGAGCCCAGCACAACUAAAGAAAUUAAACUGAAAUGUGCAACUGAUAAGAAGAGAGUUGAUUGUGGUAAAAGUAGAACCAGUAAUGGUUCACUGGGGGAAAUUGUGAGUCCUGCACAUUCCAUUAUUUCAGAAAUGUUUACCCAUACAAAUGUUUUGGGAAGUGAAGUGGAAGUUCAAAGUCCAUAUGUUUUUCUACAAGAUACUGUUGACAGAAUUUUAGUAGAUGAAGAAAUAGAUAAAGGGCCAGGCAAAACUACAGAUAAUGAUAUUCUUACUGCUAAUAUGAAUGAAAAUAAAGCAAGUGGAAAUAGUUGGUAUGAAAACAUCUCAGAACUGAAGUACUCAGAUGACUUCACCAGCUCUUGCUGUUCUGAAGAUUUCUAUACCACUGAAGACACCAACAAAAGUUUACGAGCUCAUGAUAGCAGUACAGAGACAGAAAGUCCAAAACCUACUCAACAUAUAAGUAAGUCUAGUGAAACAAGAUUGUUCAUAAGGAAAAACAGCAGUGAAAAGAGUUCUAUUCUUAGCCCACCAUUUUCAGCGGGGUCACCAGUACAUUCAUACAGAAAAUCUCGUAUUUCAAAGACGAAGGAUAAAAGUUUGGAGGAAGCAUCUAGUAUCUUUACCAGUGAUUUAUCUUCAUCACAAUGGACUGAAGAAAAAGAAAACCAGAUAGACCAAAAUGGUAUGCAUACUUCUAAAGUUGUAAAGAGAGGUCAAGACAUCUCUGUUAAACUUAAAACAAGAACUGGUUGCAAAUCUUUAGAAAAAAGCCAGUCACUGCAGACAUCUCAAAUGAGUUCUUAUCUGCCUUCUAAUUUGUCAGAACUAGAACUUAAUGUUCUUGAUAACAGUACAUCAGAUCACUUUGAAGAGGAUGACUUUGGUUCACUAAAUAUUUCCAAGCAAUGUAAAGACAUAUGUGAAUUAGUAAUAAAUAAACUUCCAGGAUACACAGUGUAAAAGCAUAAUUUUAAACAAACAUGUUUUAAACAACUUACGUGUACUGUUAGUGAAAAAAAUUUAAAUAUUAGUAACGUUAUUUUAGUAUGUAAAUUGUCUUUUUAAGAAAAAAAAUGUCAUUUCUUUGAUGUUUAAAUAGUGUUCUACUAUUAAAUCUGAUAAUAUUGAUCAUAACAAUCACUUCAUAGCCUAUAAGAUUUUAAGUUGUAAGAAUAAAAGUUUCUAUCAUUCUGUCUCUCUUAAAGUAUCUUCCCUAAAGCAUUGAUCAUCCUGAACCUGACAAUACAUAUUAUUGAAAAAAGGUAAGUUAAUAAGGAUAGCUUCAAAUUUUAAUUGGAAUUAAUCAUGUAACAAAUAUGGAAGACUUAUGUGAGGUGCAGAAAGGUACAAAACGAUUUAAGACAGAGCACCUGCUAUUAUAGAGCUUAUAAUUUUAUAUAGAUAAGAAGUCUUCGUUGGUAUGUGCACAUCCUUUGUCUCUUACAGAUAAAGUUACUUUUAUAUGCUAUCAUAGUGCUCUGUACCUUUUUUUUUUUUUUUUGCAGCUUUGGCCGGGGUGGGCUUGAACCCACCACCUCCGGUAUAUGGGGCCGGUGCCUUACUCCUUGAGUCACAGGCACCGCCCUGUACCUUUUUUUAAAACCACAGUUUGAUUACUUGAUUAAUGUUUAGUGUCUACUAGGCUUCAGUUCUGUGACGGAAGAGACUGUUUUAUGCAUCAAACUAUUCUCAGUAUUUAGCACAGUCCCUGGCAUGCGGUUGGGGUGCAAUAAAACAUUCAUUGAAGAAAUAAAGGAAGACCAGGCAUUUAAGAUACCUAAUGGAAGGUCAAAGAAUUAAGCAGUAAAAAUAAGCAGAAACCCUAAAACCCUGUAGAAAAUCCUUAUUGGAGACAUGUUUAAAAGUUAAUAUUUUUGUUUUGUUGUAUAUAAACAACUUUAAACCGUUUGGAGAGGGGACCUAAAAAGAAGUCUUUCUAUAGUUUUCUUGUGUCGCAGCUGAGUUGUUUGUCCUUUCAGUUUGUUCAAUAGUUACUUUUAAUGUGUGAAAAUUUGUAUGAAGUGUGGCAAUAAUUUCUUUAUAAUUUGUUCUAUUUUUAUAUUUAGACCUUAUGUUGUGUCCAUAUAUUUACAUAUAUUUUCCUCCAGCUAUGUUAUACUUUAAUUUUAGACUUUUCAAUAUGUUUGUAAUAUUUAUGAAUAUAUGAGGUGAGUUCCUGAUUUUCCUUUCUUUACAGGUAAUAAUUAUAUAAGUAUAAUUUUCUGAAUGAUCAUGAUUGGAUUUAGAUAGAUAGUAAGAAGAGAAGAGGAUGUUAUAUUUGGGGAGCAGUAUGAAUAAAAGGAUGAUGAUGGCUAUGAAUAUUAUAUAUUCCUGGGGCAGAGAAAAUAGUAUCUUGAUUAGAAUGAUAGGUUCAUGCUACAGAGUAGUAGAAAGGAAAUUUAUUGAGUUUAAGCAAAGUCCCAGAUUAUAGAGAACUUCAAAUGCCAAGCAUAUAUAAUAAAAGUCCUAAGCAACAGGAACAAUAGAGUACUUUAGGUUAUAAAUGAGCAACAGUAAGUAGUCAUGACAUUCUGAAUAUUUUAAAUUAUCAAAAAUAAUUACUUAAGAGGCAUAGAAAUUAUGCCAGUAAGAGAUUUUUAAAUAAAGGCUUUUUAUGGCUAACAGCUAUGAUCUUAGUUGUUGUAUAAAUAUAAAGCAUAUGGUAUAUCAUUGCACAAAAUCAAAAUAAUUUAAUGCCAGGUAUUACAACUAGAUAUUCAAAUGCUGUCAACUGUGUGAAUUGUUCAAUCACAAUUUUUCAUUUCUAUAGAAGAGAGAAAAGUGUAAACAAUACCAGAAUCAUCAAAGAAAUAAUUCCUUAACAACCAACUGUUUGGUUUGGUUUGGUUGAGAGUAAGUCACUGUGAUGAGACUAGGUAAGGAAAAUGAUGGAUUCAGGGUGUGUGAGGUACAAUAAAGACCCAAGAUCUAAUGUACCUGGGCCACGCCUGUGGCUCAGUGAGUAGGGCACUGGCCCCAUGUACUGAGGGUGCCGGGUUCA